AGUUCGACCUCUCAUCAAAAGUAAACAUGGCGAACUCGAUGAUGUCGUACCCAAACUGUGUGAAGCCAAUCGUACUGUUAUGUGUCGCAGCGACCAGUCCACUCCUUGUCGGGGCUAAAUGCUGUUUUGACGAAUAUGGACGGUACUGCUGUGGAUACUGUUGUCAUGGUGAUAAACAUAAAGAUAAAGACGAUGACACAGAUUGGUCGACAAUUGUAAUAAUUGUGCUCAUUGUCAUUCUUAUUGUGACGCUUGUUUGCUGUUGCACACUGAUACGACGUCCCUGGAUCCGAGGAUACUACCACGUGCUGGCGAACCCCGCUGAAACACCUACAACUCCCGUUAAUAUUGUAACGGCUACGAAUCCUGCAUAUGGAUCAGUAGUGAAUCCACCCCCAUAUAGCCCAAAUGUAUGUAACCAACAAGGUGAUCAAACUCAACAGUAUCAAUACGUGCAGUCACAAUUGCCGCCAUCAGCACCGUAUGUACCAGCUGACAAAUACGUCUAAAGGAAGUCUGUCGCGUGAUUUAUACAAAUGGAACAUGACGUCAAUAUCUGAGAACGUACCAUCUUUUUUUUCUGCACCAUCUCUCAUUUGUGUGUUAUUCUAAGUUUAAGAACCAUAAUUAAAUGUUUGAUAGCGCCGUGUGUGUAUACUUUCGAGA